GACAAUAAACAGGUAACAAAAUAAUGGAAGAACCAGAAAAUAAAAUCAAAGUUCUCUGCUUAGGACCGAAGGGGUCUGGAAAAACCACACUUCUGAAAAAACUGCAAGAUGUUGAGGAAAUUGACAACACUUACAGCCCGGUGCCUACGAUGGGGACGAAUAUAUUCGAUUUGCAUUAUUUGGACAAGGCUGGGAAAAAACAAAUGAUGUCGAUUCGCGAGGUCGGCGGAGAGAUGGCGCCACUGUGGACUAACUAUUUGGAUGGAGUUCAAAAGAUAGUGUACGUGGUGGACACCUCCAACCUCUGCCAGAUCUCGGCCGCGGCGGUGCAGCUUUACACCAUCCUCGCCGAGCCAAGACUCACAAAGGCUAAGAUAAUCCUAGUCCUAACCAAGAUGGACGCGGCGUACCGGCAGAUGCGCAACGAGGCUUUGCUGAUGCUGCAGCUGGCGCGGCUGCGGCGCGAGCUGCGGCGGCCGCUGCUGCUGCUGGAGGCCUCGGGCGUGGAGGGCGACGGCGUGCCCGAGCUCAAGCAAGCGCUUACUAAUGUGCCUGUUGUUGUUGGCUGAAUGGGAGAGUUGUCUUUGCCAU